UUUCAUGUACAAGGGAGUCAGCAACGACGUUCUAGACUUUUGAGUCAGACUAAAACGAGAAAACAGCCUCUUGAUUUCAGGCUGCAUAGACUGAUAUAUAAUUGAUAAAUAUCCCGCACUACAGUAGCCUACACAGUUCGGCGCAGAUUCACCGCCUUCAUGCCCAACGUUUCAGCCCCGCCUCUCGUCUGUUAGUGGAGUGGGCGGAAGUCUAGCAACUUCAUUUCAAAAAUGAGUGAUGUCAAAUAGCCUAACUGCAAUGGACUUUGUUAAAGAAGUCAGCUGCAACCGUACCACCAAUCAGAUGAACGAACGCAUCCAAAAGACAUGUUGCGAAGAUAUAUGGGAGAUUUGUAAUCUAUAGCCUACGUAAACUACUAUGACCAGUUAAAAUGGGCGGGAAACAAUCAUCAUAUUUAAAAUAUCAUACUCUACAGAAUGAUCCACUCCUUGUCUCUAUCCGUUUUCAACCCAUGACUGAAGGCACCAACAGACGGCUCCGAAAUGACAUUGCACGCUGAGCGCUGAAGACGCCCAAGGAAAAAACGACCCCAGCUACCGGAGGGGACUAGACCUGAGUGACAGUAGGCUAGUUUUGAUAUUCGUGAAGACUAGAUGCACCUGCAUGCAGUUUCUUGAGAGGUAAAAGGGUUUUGCAGUUAUGGAUUGCACGUCAUUAUUUGGUCUAGAUGCGCAUCGUUGACGACAUAAGCUGAUGAGAUGCACGAUAGAGCUGUGUCAUUUGGAUGAACCUAUUAUGGGAGUUUCCACUGCGUGAUGUUGAGGACCUAUAUAGUUCAUUUUGGAUGGGCCUGUUAUUACCUAUGGAUAAAAAAAGAAAUUUUCAAGAAAGGUGAUGAUCGUGUGCUUGGAUGGAUAUGGCGUGACAUCCUUGUUUUAUCGGAUUGUUAGGGGGAUGGCAUUAAAAACGAGGGGCGGACCCCUGGCAACGUUUCAGCUUUUUUCGGUGUAACAGACUAUUUACUACCGUUUCAUUGCGCUUCGCCUAAUCAUCACGACUCGCCAUCAAAGCCGAGAUUAGUUUUUUCUGUUACUGUUUUUCUGUUUUUUACACACUGGAAAAUGGCUGGACGCACACAGGCAGAUAAACUGACCACUGCAUCUGCAAGAGGGGAUUUAAGAGAAGUUGAGAUGAUAUUGCAAAACGGAGCAGAUACCAACGAAAGGAAUAUGUUGAACAGAACAGCCAUACAGGUAAUGAAACUGGGAAAUCCAGAUAUUGCAGAAGCGUUACUGAGAGCAAACGCGGAUCCAAAUGUGCGUGACCCUGUGUUAGGACUGACCGUCGCUCACGAUGCCUCCAGGGAUGGGUUUUUAGACACGCUGAACGUGCUGGUUCAUCAUGGCGCCGACGUCAAUUUAAUCGAUUUCGGCGGAAACCUGCCACUGCACCUUGCUGCAAGAGAGGGCCACCUGGACGUUGUUCAGUUUCUUACCCAGCACACCUCUGAUCCCUCUCAGCUGAACGGGACAGGCCAGACCCCGUGCGACUUGGCCAAGAUGCACAAUAGAAGUUCAACCGUACAGUGGCUAGAAACCUAUGUGCUUUCACAACAAAACUAAUGUGGACUGCUCUUUUCAUUGUGAGACAGGGGUAGCGUGUCAACAAGAUUAUUUAGGAAAAGCUAACUACCUCUUUUUAAAUUCAGACAGGCGCAGUUAAAAUUGGUAACAUAAACACAGCGGUGUUUUCUUCCAUACUAUUAUCUGUUGAUUUCGUUGUAGGUCUUCACUGCAUUUUGAAACAAUAUUGAGGAAUUCACUCUACACAAAUAGGCCCGAUCAAAUGGCCAUCAGCCUGGUUGAAUUGUCCAAACUUUUUUUUCUGCAGAGGACUGCACGUUGACAAAUAUGGUUAUAUAAUCAUUACACCGUAUACAACAGAUAAUAGAAAUGAACAAUACAAAUUCCAUGAAAUGUGAAAUAUUCGAUGUUGAUUGUUUACCAAAGACUGUAUUACUGAAAUAUUCUAUUUCAGAAGAAAAAAUGAUGCCGUAAUGUAGCCAAGUGCUGUAUGUGUUGUAUUGCACUAACUGAAACAAAUCUGUGUCUUUGCUUUGUCAAUAAAGUAGAUAAAGUAA